GCCAAAAGUUGGCAUUUCCUCUCACCCCCACCCUCAUUUUCGGCCAAGGCUCAUCAAGAGGAGAGGGAACCCCCUGCAAAAUACAUCCUCCAUAUCCAAGAACAAAGCCCAAGCAAUAGGAGUCCAAGGGGGAAGACUAUAGAAGGAAAAAGCUAGGAAAAGGUGUGAAAACUAAGGAACUUGUGAAAGGUAUUUCAAGUGAUUUCACAAGGUUGGAAAAGUCGCCGGAGUUGUCGCCGGAGUUGACCGAAAGUCGCCGGAGUUUCACCGGAGUUCAACCAAGAGGGGUAGAACUUCAUAACGCUAGUUCAAGGUUGAAGCUAGGGCUUGCUACCUGCACCUUUCUACGGGUGACAUCAAUCAAGGAAGACGUGAAAUGGAGGGCAGGCGAAUGCGGACCAGGAACAAUCCGAGGGGGCAGACGCCGGUAACAUCCCAAAGGGGAAGCCGGGCUGCAUCUCGGGGUUCAAGAGGAGGCCGUGGAGGCCGUGGAAGCCGUGGAGGUCAUCAAGCUCAAACUGUGAGUGAUGGCCAUGUAAGCUCGGUGUAUGAAACCAACACCGAGGACUAUGACUCUACGUAUGUUCCUGAGACAGAGCAUGAGGAGACCCCAUAUGAUGGGGGUGACACAUACACCGAUGAGGACAAUGAUGAAAGUGAUGCCCGCUUCGCCCAAAUGGGUGAAUUACUUGAGUGGUAUCAAAAGGAGAAACAGAGGAGAGACCUUAGGCGCCAAGCGAGGCGUGGCUCUCGUGGUGGUUCGGGUCAAGGGAGCCGGGGAACUUCCGUGGCCACCCCAGCGGCGUCACAAGGUGGGCGUGAAGGGGGUUUUGUUGUGAGGAUCUCCAAGUACCUCAAGGAGGCUAGGGCCUUGGGGUGUAGGUCCUUUGACGGCACCGGUGACAUUACCGUUGCCGCCGAUUGGAUUAAGAAGGUGAAGGAUGCAUCAAGAGACAUGCAAAUCACACCGGACGUGAAGUUGACUGUCGCUUCACGGCUACUUGAAGGGAUAGCCUCUACGUGGUGGGAGAGCGUGGAAGGGAAGUACCAUGGGGAAAUAACAUGGGCGGACUUUGAGCUAGAGUUCUAUGCUCAAUACUACUCCGAGUACGAGGUGAAUGUGAAACGGAGAGAGUACACUAACCUCAAACAGAAAGAUGGCGGCACGGUUAAGCAGCUGGAACAAGAGUUUAGAACCUUGGCGAGGUUCUUGCCAGAGUACGCGGUUGAUGAGAACCGCAUGACGGAGCACUUCUGGGAUGCAUUACUCUUGGACAUCCGCGACCGAGCUACGUACUCUCGCCACAUGUCAUUUAGCGAGGUGGUGGAACAGGGUCUUCUUGGAGAGGCCCAGUGGAAUGAGAGGAAAGCAAGGGACGCCGAAGAGGCGAAGAAGAGGAAGUGGAAUAAUUCGGGGCCACCCGAUCAUUCUCGAAGGAACAACCACGGGGGUGGUGGUGGUGGCGGUGGUUCAUUCAAGGCGCCGGCCCCACCGGCAAAGAAGAACAGGGAUGCGAGGUGGCACGGACCUAGGCCACAGAACUCGGGGCCACCUAGAUGUCCCAAUUGCUCAAAACAACACUUUGGGAAGUGCAAUGAACCACCGAGGUGUUUUAAGUGCGGGAAUGCGGGCCAUAUGAAGGCCAAUUGCCCUCAAUUGAUGCAAGAGAGUGCCUCGGGAGCCGGGGGAGGGACCAUGACGGGAAGGAACCGUGCGGGACCGUCAAACGGCGGCACGGGAAGAGGCGGCGCAUCCACAAGUCAUGCCGCAUCCGUCAACCAAGGUGGGACCCAAGCCCGAGUGUACGCGAUGACCGAGGCGGAUGCGAGAGCAAACCCGGACUCCGUUGCAGGAACUUGUGAAAGGUAUUUCAAGUGAUUUCACAAGGUUGGAAAAGUCGCCGGAGUUGUCGCCGGAGUUGACCGAAAGUCGCCGGAGUUUCACCGGAGUUCAACCAAGAGGGGUAGAACUUCAUAACGCUAGUUCAAGGUUGAAGCUAGGGCUUGCUACCUGCACCUUUCUACGGGUGACAUCAAUCAAGGAAGACGUGGUUCGUGCUUCCUCAUUUUAUUUCAAAUUACCAAACAUUGCUCAUGGAUAUUUUUAUUUGUCAUAAACUAAUCUUUUGGGGCUUGCAUGCCCAUGUUAUUGGCCGGUUGUGGCUUAUGACUUACCGUUGAAUAUUUCCGCUAUUCAUUGGUUUAAAUGUGAUGUUGUUAUGUAUGUUUACUACUGAGUAUGGAUGGAUUAUUUUCUCGAACGCCUUGUGUAAUCAAGUGAGGUUGACUCGCGGGUGACGUCACUUGAUUAUGCGGCGGUUGUACACGCGCUUGGAUUGCGGUCUGGGGCGUGACAGCUAGCGGUGAUUGAGGCGACGCAGGAUCGGGGAUCAUCGAGAUGUUGAUUGACGAUUGCUGCGGGCGACUAGUAUUGCUGGUGGAGCCGGAGUCCAUGUGAGCAGUGGCGAUUGUAGUCAUGGAUCAAGCGGCGGCGGCGGCACCUGUGUGGUCGUGGAGGGAGCUAUGGCCGCAAAAGGGUUCGGCGUCGAAGUGUGAUCAGAGCGGACGUUGUUUGUUCAGGGGUGUUCGCGCGAACA